GAGCCUAUAAAAAGUGCUUUCAUGCCCGUUAUUGUUCCAGCUCCAUGUGCGCAGUCACACGAGGCGAACAAUUAACGCACGUCACGAUAAUCGCUUUGAGUGAUUAAAUAAUCGUGCACAAAAGCUCACUGGACACCAACAUAAUUAAGUGGAUGGGAUGCGGGUGUUUUCUUGACCUGCCUCUUUUUGACACAUCUCACUCCUGACUUUUCCCAAGUUGGCUCUCUAUACCGGAGGAAGUGCGGCUCGUUAAAUUGUUCGCAGCUGCUCUUUUGCAUUUGAUGCCACGGCAAUGGGACAUUGCCAAAGGGAGAACGUGUUCGAGCGUUGCAGGAAAAGUUUGCUUUGGACAGUGCUGGUCCUCUGGCUGUGCAUGCCCGCUGAAGGAACCUGGAAGACUGGACUUUACAAAAGCAGAGAGCAAACUGCAGCCUCUCAUACCUCCAUCUAUCUGAAAAGAAACUGGUGUCCUCAUACGGUCACAAAGACAGUGAGUUGCCAGGUGCAGAAUGGGACGGUCGUGCAGAGAGUUUACCAGACGUGCCGCUGGCCGCAGGGAUGUGCCGGGGGCAGCUACAGGACAGUUGUCAGACCAUCCUAUAAAACGGUGUACCGCACUGUGACCUCACUGGAGUGGAAAUGCUGUCCAGGAUUUAGUGGGACCGCCUGUGAAGAAGAUGCAGGCAAACAGCAGGGGGCUCAGGAGGCAAUAAGGAAACCGUCCACACUGCGUCGCCCACCUGCACGCUCAGGGGAGCCCCUCUCAUACUGUCUCAACUGCAGUCGAAUCACGGCAAUGAAUGACAGGCUGAGUUCGCUGGAGGCAAAGGUCCAAGUCCUCACUGCCUUGCCGUCCAUAUCUCAGCGCCACCCUCUGACCAAAGGGAAAGUUACACCCGAGGCCGCCUUACUGUUGGGGGCCGCGCCUGCUCAGGGGGCUCCCGGUGAGCAGGGACCUGCCGGUCCUCAGGGGGAAAAGGGCAGCGAUGGUCUUCCAGGCAGAGACGGCAAAACAGGUUCUCGAGGCUCGCCAGGUCCCACUGGGCCUCGGGGGGAGGCGGGCGCGAGGGGCCCAGCUGGAAGCCCUGGAUUGAAGGGAAACGCCGGACCUUCAGGCCCCCGGGGUCCCCCAGGACUCCCAGGAGAGAGAGGUCUACCAGGUCCACCCGGGCCUCCAGGACCACCUGCUCCCGCCAGUGCCCGCAUCCCUGCGCCAGACAAGCGAGGGAAAGACCCCUUCUUCACCAACACUUUCCAUGAUUCUACACCAGGACCGCAGGGUCCUCCUGGCCCGAUUGGUCCUACAGGUCCAAAAGGACCAGCAGGACCACCGGGACCACAGGGACAGAGCGGUAAACCUGGGAUUCCUGGAGGACAAGGUCCUAUGGGACCGAAGGGAGAGCGUGGAGAGCGAGGUCUCUCAGGUUACCCAGGGGACAGGGGCUUCAGGGGCGAGCCGGGAUUACCGGGUCCCAAAGGAGAGCCUGGAGAAAAGGGCUUACCGAGCAAUCUAAAUGGGGACGGAAUACAUCAGAUCAGAGAGGCGCUGAAGAUCUUAGCUGAGAGGGUUUUAAUCCUCGAGACUAUGAUCGGUAUUCAUGAACCUGAUCUAGGCUCUGGGGAUGGACCAUUUGGCACAGCCUCCCCUAGUUUCUACCGAGAUAAGCGGGCAGGUGCGCUUCCGUAUCGACCUGCUUCUCCUCUGUCCUUCGACACCAAGGUUCGAGGGAAGUAGCCCCCACCCCCCAUUCCUUGAGGACCGCAGGCUGGUUUGGCUUCCCUUCCUAUAGAUCGCAUCGGCACUCAACACCUAAUUGAGAGGGCUUUCCUGUCAAAUUUAGGUUGGGGGACACCUCAGGGAUAUGUUUAUGAUACUCCACCAUGUCCUCCUGCACCCGUGACAACUCGUUUGACAACCCUUAAGUUAUCACCAUAGCCACUUCCAGCUGCAGGGUCUCACAUGUUUGACAAAAGGAAGCUCUGAAUUACUCGUGGUGCUCCUCGGGCCACAAAUCUUGGCAAUAAGGGUCAUUUAGCUUCAUCCAUUUGUGGAGAUGUAACAGUAAAGACUGGACUCGAGUUUGUAAUUCGUUUUCAAUUUGAACAGCGAUGCCAUGAGAUUUUAUGAGCAUGUACGAUUUCCUGAACUACACAGACAAACCUCUAUUAUUCAUUUUGUUGUAUCUCUUAUAUUGUUAAACUCAGUUUGAUGUCAUCACUACUAUAACUGAGAUGUGUUGCUAUAUGUGAGCAUGAUGUGUUUUCCAAGUAAAAUACACACUGAAAAAGUGAGAAAAUAUAUCACGACAUAUUUACAUUUGUUGCAUAUCCUAUAAUCCAGUGGAUUUUAUUUCACUCUGAAAAUCAUUUAGAAAAGAAAUCAACACAGGAAAAAGCAAAACUGGAACCACUGUUAUGUUGGUGCUGUCCGAAGACUUGUUUUAUUUUUCACCGUAAAUCAAGCUUAUUGUGAACGUAUUUAAAAUUGUCAAUCGUAGUUUGUUUUGUAUGCCGUCGUAUAACAACUUCUUCUUUUGAAUUUUUAUUUCUUGCAAAUGUGUUAAUAUAAUCCUGUCUCCUGAUGAUCGCUGUAAUAAAAUGAUGUUCACUGUUUAAA